CUCAAAGAUAUCAUCAUUUCAUUGCAUUUAAAUCAACUAGGCGGGGUAGAGGCUCCAUUAUUCAUAGAGAACAGAGCAUUGCAUUCACUUCUUAAAAUCCAUCACUUAUCUUCUUUACCAUAACAAGUCAAGUGGGGACAAAGUACAAAAUUGGGAUAUGGGUUCGGUGAGUGAAUCGAGGGAUGAGGUUCCACAAAAAACAUACUGGAGGUGGAGCAAACAAGAUUUCUUCCCUGAAAAAUCAUUCCAAAAUUGGGGAACGUACCGUGAUGCGCUAUCACAAACGGGUCUCCGUUUCAAGGACCGUCUUUUAACCCGAUCGGACGAGACCAGUGAGGUUUCGGAGCUCCAGAAACAAAGCGAAAACAAGAUGAAACGGUGUUUGAAUUGGUGGGACCUCACUUGGGUCGGCUUCGGCGCAGUCAUUGGUGCAGGCAUCUUUGUGCUCACAGGCAAAGAAGCCCAUUUUGAUGCCGGCCCCGCUAUCAUCGUAUCCUACCUUGCUUCCGGUUUUUCGACCAUGCUUGGUGUUUUCAUCUACACGGAAUUCGCUGUAGAAAUUCCUGUAGCCGGUGGUUCAUUUGCUUAUCUGAGAGUCGAACUGGGAGAUUUUGUAGCAUUUAUAGCAGCUGCUAACAUACUUCUCGACUACAUGCUUGGAAAUGCAGCAGUUGCUCGAUCUUGGACUUCUUACUUGACAACUCUUCUCAACCGCCCGUCCAACUCGCUUGUUAUCCAUACAAAUCUUAAACAAGGUUACAACCUCUUGGACCCAAUUGCCGUCGUAGUUCUAGCAAUCGCAUCAGCAAUCGCCAUCGCUAGCACAAAGAAAACCUCACUCCUCAAUUGGAUUGCAUCUGCAGUAAACAUGGUUGUGAUAUUUUUUGUUAUAAUUGCAGGUUUAACUCAUGCCAAAACCUCGAAUCUUACUCCCUUUAUGCCUUUUGGCGUAAAAGGGUUAUUCCAAGCGGCAGCGAUCGUGGGCUUUGCUUACGGAGGAUUCGACGCUAUAACAACAUUGGCGGAGGAAACGAAAAAGCCGUCAAGAGAUAUACCAAUAGGGUUACUUGGGUCGAUGUCGGUCAUCACCGUCAUAUACUGUUUGAUGGCACUUUCACUGAGUAUGAUGCAAAAGUACACAGAUAUAGACCCCAAUGCAGCCUACUCUGUUGCAUUUGAGAGUGUAGGGAUGAAUUGGGCAAAGUAUUUGGUUGCAUUUGGUGCUCUUAAGGGAAUGACCACCGUUCUUCUUGUUGCGGCGCUUGCGCAGGCUCGAUACGCUACGCAUAUCGCACGAGCCCACAUGAUCCCGCCUUGGUUUGCUCUGGUCCACCCAAAGACGGGAACCCCUAUCUAUGCUACCAUAAUGAUGACCACCGGCAGUGCCGUGAUUGCUUUCUUCUCAAGCUUGGAUGUUUUGGGGGGCUUGUUAGCCGUAAGCGGUUGUUUUCUCUCCACGCUAUUGCCGGUCGCACUUCUGGUGAGGAGAUAUUACGUAACAGGCAUCACGCCUCGUGCGAACGUGUCGAAGUUCGUUGCAUUAUUGCUUCUCAUUCUCCUUUCCUCCGCUGCGACCUCAGCUUACUGGGCACUGACCUCCACCGGUUGGAUCGGUUACACCAUUACACUCCCUCUUUGGUUCUUGGGGACUCUGGGGAUGUCGGUGCUCUUGCCGCUGCAAAGGACGCCCAAAGUCUGGGGCGUUCCGCUUGUCCCGUGGUUUCCAUCGUUGGCGAUUUUGACGAAUUUGUUUCUCAUGGGAUCUUUGGAUGCUAGUGCUUUUAUACGGUUCAGCAUAUGUACGAUCGUAAUUGUGGUUUACUAUUUCUUUUUUGGGCUCCAUGCGACUUAUGAUAUGGCACACGAGCCAAAUAAGCCAGAAUCCAUGAAGAUCGCUGAUACAGACAGUGAGACACCAUUCCAAGUUCAGAACCUUGAAAUUUAAAUGUCUCUCAUCCCCUUGUUGGCAAGGAUCCCUUCUUGAUUAGUGCCACUCAGCAAUUCUGGAAUAAUAAACAGGAUUGUCGUGUA